UCCAAAGCAAGUGAAACGGGAUCAACUGAAAGGGACAACAGAACGCUCUCCAAGAUCCAACUCAAUCUUCUAAAGACAAUCGUGAUCAGUAUUUUAAAGCCAUCCACAAGAUCCAUUAGAGAUUCGGUCAUGCCUCCACAGUUGAAAGACGAGGUAAAUGUCCUGCCCAAGGUUGUCCAAGGGGACCUGCAGAGCCUUCCCCCAGAAGUGAGGAAUUUCAUUGAAACCAAUGCCAAGCUGUGCCAGCCUGAGAGCAUUCACAUCUGUGAUGGCUCGGAAGAAGAAAACAAAAAAAUGCUGGACAUCAUGGUAGAACAAGGCAUGAUCAGGAAGCUGAGAAAGUAUGAAAACUGCUGGUUGGCUCUCACUGAUCCAAGAGAUGUGGCAAGAAUUGAGAGCAAAACUGUCAUCAUUACUCAAGAACAGAGAGAUACCAUUCCGAUCCCUAAAACAGGAACUAGCCAGCUGGGACGCUGGAUGUCUGAAGAAGAUUUUGAGAAAGCUUUCAACACCAGAUUCCCAGGCUGCAUGCAAGGACGUACAAUGUAUGUCAUCCCCUUCAGCAUGGGGCCCAUUGGGUCCCCUUUGUCCAAGAUUGGGAUUGAGCUGACAGAUUCACCAUACGUAGUUGCCAGCAUGAGGAUCAUGACCCGGAUGGGAAGAGCUGUUUUGGAAGCCCUGAGGAACGGGGAGUUUGUAAAAUGCCUUCACUCAGUUGGAUGUCCUCUGCCACUAAAAGAACCAUUAAUCAACAACUGGCCAUGCAACCCGGAGUUAACGCUGAUUGCCCAUCUCCCGGAUCGCAGGGAGAUCAUUUCAUUUGGCAGCGGUUACGGAGGAAACUCCUUACUGGGGAAAAAAUGCUUUGCUCUCAGAAUUGCCAGCAGAAUUGCCAAAGAGGAGGGCUGGCUAGCUGAGCACAUGCUGAUCCUGGGCAUUACCAAUCCAAAAGGUAAAAAGAAGUAUUUUGCUGCAGCAUUCCCUAGUGCGUGUGGAAAAACCAACUUGGCCAUGAUGACUCCCAGCCUGCCAGGAUGGAAGAUUGAGUGUGUGGGUGAUGAUAUUGCCUGGAUGAAGUUUGAUGAACAAGGCAACUUAAGGGCAAUCAAUCCAGAAAAUGGCUUUUUUGGUGUUGCCCCUGGAACCUCAGUCAAAACAAACCCCAAUGCUAUUAAAACUAUAUUCAAGAACACCAUCUUUACCAAUGUAGCAGAAACCAGUGAUGGAGGCGUCUAUUGGGAAGGCAUCGAUGAGCCAUUAGCACCAGGAGUCACACUGACUUCGUGGAAUAACAAAGCCUGGGCCUCAGAUCAUGGGGAACCUUGUGCCCAUCCCAACUCCCGAUUCUGCAGUCCGGCCACCCAGUGCCCCAUCAUGGACCCUGCAUGGGAAUCCCCUGAGGGUGUCCCCAUUGAAGGGAUAAUAUUUGGAGGCCGCAGACCUGCAGGUGUGCCUCUUGUAUACGAGGCCUUUAACUGGCAGCAUGGAGUAUUUAUCGGAGCAGCUAUGAGAUCUGAAGCAACAGCAGCUGCUGAGCACAAAGGCAAAAUCAUUAUGCACGACCCAUUUGCCAUGAGACCUUUCUUUGGCUACAACUUUGGCAAAUACCUGGCCCACUGGCUCAGCAUGGCACAUCGUCCUGCUGCAAAGCUUCCAAGGAUCUUUCAUGUUAAUUGGUUCCGGAAAGACAGCCAAGGGAAAUUCCUGUGGCCUGGCUACGGAGAGAAUUCCCGUGUGCUGGAGUGGAUGUUCAACAGAAUUGAAGGGAAAGCCUCUGCCAAGCCAACUGCCAUAGGUUACAUCCCUGCUGACACUGCUUUGAACUUGAAGGGCUUAGAAGAUGUCAAGUUGACCGAACUGUUUGAUAUCUCCAAAGAGUUCUGGGAAAAAGAGGUAGAAGAAAUCAAACAAUACUUUGAAGUGCAAGUUAAUGCUGACCUUCCCUAUGAAAUAGAAAGGGAAAUGCUUGCUCUAGAGAUGAGGGUAAAACAGUUGUAGGUGAUCAAAACCACAAUUAUUUAUCAAUCUGCGUCUACCAAGACAGGACAAAAGCAUUUUACCAAAUCACCACUGGCAGUGUAAGAGCAUGCUGAUGGGCAGGGGGUUAUAAUGAAAGUAGGUCUUAGCUUAGUUAGCAGUAACUCCAGACCUAAUGAUUUAUAACUACAUCAGUUGUUGUGAAUAGAUGAGCAGCUGUGGGAAUGUAUGUGCACAUGGUCUUAAAAAGCCCAAUCUGUCACUUACAUGCACAUAUUGCCAUGAUGUAUGUAAAUUAUUUGCUUAGUUCUGCAGAUACAAUCCAAAUCAAUCCAGCCUUUGAGAUGUAGCAUGAUGUUUCUAUCACACAAA